AUGAAGGUAUACGGUGGCUGCGUAGGCACAAGCCUCACAAUAUGGAUCACAGUCUGCUGUUCCUCUGCCAUGGCCCUGUAUGGGUACGACCAGGCAGUUUUCAGUGGUAUUAUUGUGACCCAAAAUUUCUUAGAAACCAUGGGUAACCCAGAUGCAAAUCUGCAGGGUACAAUCACCUCUCUUUAUGAUGUUGGGUGCUUCUUCGGUGCUGUUUCUGGAGCGUCACUGGGAUCAUGGCUGGGCCGUCGACGUGCAAUUAUUCUGGGGACAGUGGUCAUGAUGAUUGGUGCUAUCCUUCAGAUUACUGCAUACGGUGUCCCGCAUAUGAUCGUCGGCCGCUUGGUUGCAGGACUUGGAAAUGGUUUGAACACAGCUACAACUCCUGUAUACCAGAGUGAGACAACCGAGCCGAAGUGGCGAGGCAAAUUGGUCGUCUUGGGUCUAGUGGUCAAUGUGGCAGGGUUUUGCUUGGCUAAUUGGGUCACCUUCGGCUUUUCCUAUGUCGAAGGUAGUGUGAACUGGCGAUUUCCCCUGGCAUUGCAAAUUUUGUUUGGAAUUGUGAUCUUGUCAACGGCUCCUUGGCUCCCUGAGUCCCCUCGGUGGUUGAUAUCGAAAGAUAGGCUGGAGGAGGCAGACUUUGUGCUCGCUCACAUUCAAGGAAAAGGUACCACAUCGUCCUCUCCAACAGUUGUCGCAGAGCGAAAUGAAAUUCUUCGCGCCUACAAAGCGGAGACAGAGAAUCAUAUUCCUUGGAGCCAAUUGCUCCGGGGCCAAGCCCAAGGACCGGGAACUCUACGCCGAUUCAUCCUCGGACUCGGCACACAAAUCAUUGUACAGCUGUCUGGUAUCAAUGCCACAUCAUAUUACCUCCCAACGGUUUUGACCAGCUCCGUUGGUUUCAAGGAGAAAAUGGCAAGGCUACUGACAGCUGUUAAUUCAAUCCACUAUAUCUUUUUCUCAUACCUUGGUAUGAUGCUCAUUGACAAAUGGGGAAGGCGUGGAGCGAUGCUUAUUGGCUCAUCGGGAUGCUUCGUCUGUUAUUUUGUGCUGAUGCUUCUAAUCCGGUUCAAUCAGAUGACAGACAGUAGCACAAUGUCUUUCAACUAUGGCGCUGCGGCUGUCAGUAUGAUCUUUCUCUUCUAUGCAUUCUUCGGCGUAGGAUGGCAGGGUACAGCCUGGCUGUACAAUACCGAGAUCAACUCGCUCAACAUGCGAAUGACUGGAUCGUCUGCAAGUGUUGCAGCUCAAUGGGCAGUAAACUAUAUGGUGGUGCAAAUCACUCCGAUUGGUAUUCAGAACCUGCGAUGGAGAUUCUACUUGAUCUGGGUCUUCUUCAAUGCCGUCUCGAUCCCGAUCAUCUUCCUCUUCUAUCCAGAAACAGCAAACAGGCGUCUGGAAGACGUCGAUAUCGUGUUCAAGGAGGGUCUCGGUACAUGGGUCUUCAUGGAAAAAGAAGCGAUCCAGCCUCAACGACCUGCUCGAUUUAUCGCCAUGGAUGAGGAAGAGCUGGCGAACGCACGCGCGAUGCAAAAGAGUGAGGGAGGAACUGAGGUAGAGCAAAUAGAAGGCUAG